AUAGUUACUUUUUCUCAACACUUCACCAAAUCACCAUGUAAAUACAGACGAAAAUUACUGCAAGAAAACAUGAAAAGAGGGAGAGGUUUUGUCAAUUCAAUUGAGUUAAAUUUUCCUUUUUCUAUUCUUAAAGAGAUUGCCUCAAAGAAUGAACACGAAGAUGUUACCCAUCUGUACUGGAAAGGCCAGUGUUUUGAGAGUGAUACCUCAUGCAUAUUUAGUACCCAGAUUUGUGAAAACAGAUUUAAAGUCCUGAUAAGGAACACAAAUAUAGCAUUAAAAGGAUGUCAGUUGUCCUGCACUAUUGCAGACAUUGAAUCAACUCAAUGCUUGGAUUGGGAUGGCGCUGAAAAGACGAUUGAAGAAAAAGAACAACCUAUUCAAACUGCUGAUGGUGAAAUUAUUAAUCAGCUAGGUGCUGCUAAAAGAAAAAGAGGUCGACCAAAAGGAACAACAAAAAAAUUACCGUUGGGUAAAUCAUUUGAAAACGACAAAACAACUUUGAACGCUGAAGUCUCUCAUAAUUCUGGGAUUGACAAUGAACCAAAAAAAUAUGGAUUGAGAGGAGUAAAAUUAUCACAGGCUGUAAUGAGGGCAGAAAUGGGAUCAGCUUAUAGAGAAAAGGAAUCUUUAAACACUAACAAAUGUAGUGAUAUCCAAGAAGAAUCUAAAAAUCUGGUACAAUCAGGUCAGGCAGCGGAAAAUGUUGAUGUCAGCACAAAUAAUGAAGAAAUUCACAGAGAAAAAACUGAUGUAGGUGACGAUGAAAAUGUUGUUGAUGAUGAUAAGGAUGCUGAUUACAUAGUGAAUGAUUAUGUUGGAUAUAUAUCUGAAGAUGAGGAAUUUGAACCUGUAAAUAUAAAAAGGAAAUUUGGUUCUCUAGUUAAUAAGAAUAGACAGAGAAAAAGAGUUAAAAUUGACAUUGGUGAUGUAAAUAUUCCAAAAUAUAAACCAAAAACUAGAUUUUUAAAAAACAAAGGAUGCAAAUAUUGUAAAAAACUUUUCUAUCAUUAUAUUGGGGUUGAAGAACAUGUCAGAAAGUACCAUAUGAAAGAGCUUGAUGUUCAAAUCUACUUGGAAGAAUUAAAAGAUUUACGAAUUGAAAAGUGUGAACUAUGCAACAAAACCUUUAAUAACAGAUAUCACUUAAUCGAACAUGAAAAGAGAACACAUUUAGAAAAUGCAUCAGUCAAAUGUUUUAAGUGUAACAAAAUCUACAAAAAUGUGCAAAGUUUGAAAAAUCACAUUAAAGCUGUUCAUAGUGUAAUAGGUCAGCCAUUUGCUUGUCAUCUUUGUGCAGCUAAAUUUAAGUGGUCAACAACACUAAAACAACACAUUGAGGAGAUCCAUGAAGGGAAAAUGAAGGCAGUUUGUAAACAUUGUGGAAAGAAAUUCCCUCGUCAAAAUCUGUUAAAUCGUCACAUGCGUAUACAUGGAGUUGACCAAUCAAAAAGAUUAUGUUGCAAGCAUUGCGGAAGAGGUUUCUGGUAUGAACACAACUUACAGAGACACAUUAAAAUUAUACAUGGCCCUCAUGAAGAAAACUUCCACUGUUCAUACUGUGGUAAAGGUUUUAAUAUGAAGUCUGCCAUGGUGACACAUGUACAACAAGUCCACUUUAAUAUCUUUCCUUAUCGGUGUAUUGAUUGUAAUGUUGGUUUUAAACGGUCAAAAUUAUAUCGCCUGCAUAUGAUGAAAGAACAUGCAGUAGUAGACUGUGAUUCUUUAAAGACGAAUGUAAGACAUUUCAAGUAUGGAAAAACAGAAGAGGAUUUGUUUUAUUGUUCACACUGUAGUUUAAGUUUUUGUUAUAAGACUAAAAUGGUUGAACAUAUGCAUUCUGCUCAUGGAGAAGAUUUUCCAUACAUGUGUACCCACUGUAAUCAAGGAUUUUUAGAGAAAUCUUUUCUUAGUCACCAUUUGCUAAUGGCACAUAAUGAGAUAUUGCCUGCCGGUGAAACUCUGGAGGAGGAAAAAAAUAGGUUUCAGAUGGUAACCAUUGAUAUCAAUGGACAAAAGAAAGACUUGGAAGUAGAAUCGUUUAAUUUACCUCAACCUGUUGUAAUUGAGAAGACUGAAGAAGUUGGCAAUAUUGUUAAUGUUGAAAUAAAAGAAAAUCAAAUUCUGUCUGAAGAAAAUGGAGCACAGUCGUUAUUCUUUGAAGUAUCUAAAGGAGCUGAUACAAUACAUUAUGUCAUUGAACAAUCGGCUAAUGGUGAUCCCACAAUUCUACCUCAGGAACUAGCAAACUUACUUCUGGCUGCUGAACAAUCUCUACAAGGUGCUAACGAAGACAGUACUGAUGAAACACAGUUAUUGUCACAUGACCAUGAGAUUACUGAUAAUACUCAAAUUAUAACUGUACCUUCAUUGAAAAUUGACGAAGCUGAUUGUGUCGAGGAAAGUGUAUGAAGAGCUGAAAAUUGUUUUGAUUGAUGAACGUAUUUUAAGAUCAGUAUUAUAUACUUUACCAUUCCAUUUCUGUGUUAUUCUCCUGCUUUUUACCAUUCUGUUAUACAAACAGUUACUGUGUAACAUGAACUUGUCAUUCUGACAUUUAUUGCAAUCAAGCAUGUACAAAUUUAUUCGUAAAAUGUUGUUGUUUCAUGAUAUCCUUGAUGUAGAAAAAAGUAACAUUUUAAGAUAAUGCAGCGCCUAAGCUUGCUAAUUAUAUACAUUUCUAUUACCAGAAUUAAAUGUUCUAAUUUCAUAUAUAAACUAUCAUUGUUUUUAGACUACUCCUCUACCAAGUCUACAGUACAGUAUAUUUUAAGUGAUGCAAAGAGAAAAGUUGUCUUUCCCUUUUGUCAAUUUUCUUUUUUGAAGGUGAUUUAAUCAUGGUCUAUGUACCAUAGUGUAUUUAUACCAUUCUUGUUCACUAUGUCCUUGUCUGUAGUUUUAGAUUUCAAAAAAGUAUAAUUCCAAUAUAAUUGUCAUGACUGAAAACUUGUUAAGUCAGGGGUUUCCUAACAACUAAUUUGUUUAAAACUACUAAAUUCUUUCAUUGAUACAAAGAUUUGAUUUGGAAAUUUGGCUUGACCUGUAGAAAUCUUAUUACAACAGCAUUUUUAAGAUGGUACAUAACACUACAGGGGGGGGGAUAACUCUGCAAACAUCAGCUUAAUGUUUUAAUUACAUUGUAUUGUUAAAAGGUAAUAUAAGGCUUCUCAAUGAUCAAAAUUAGUGUUAGUCAAACUGCCAUAUGUCCAUUGAAUUUUUUUUUUAAGUGUGUGGUUCAAGUUGAAAUUUUUAUAGUUUUGUCAAAUAAAAGUAAAUAUUACGUCAAAAUUUUAUGAAAAUUAAAUGAGCCAAAUAAAUUUUAGUCAAGGUGUUUAGUACCACCUUAAAUUUUAUUAUGAUAUUGAAGCUUGCAAAUAAAGAAAAAUUUAUAGAGAUUUACUGUUCCUUUCAAUAAACUUAUUCUUUCAUGUCAUCAAUUCAAAGUUGUAGUAAAAUCCUGAAUAUUUUUUAUCACUGAUUGUGUUGAGCUUGUGAGACAAAGUGACCCUACAUUCAAUUGUUGGUGUGGUCAAUAUAGAGUUGGUUCAGUCUGUGGUUACAGAUUUUUUUUAAAUCAAUGACUUUGUAGCUGUUUGAUGGAUUGUUAUUAAACAUGGACAGAAGUCUUUUUUAUACAGAAUAUGUGUAGAGAACAAAAUUAUGAGAGUCAACAUUUAGAAAGUCUGGAAUUCAAUUUCUGUGACAUCAAUUUCUUUGUUCGACGUUAUUACUUUUUGGAAGCCAAAAUUUUCUUUUACACUGACAGCAACAAAUACAGACAAGACACAGAAUUCUGUGGAACUGUUAACAAACUUGAUUUUAUUAAGACAAUAAGAUUUGGUAUGAUUGCCUAUGAGAUAACUCUCCAUCAGAAAUCAAAUGACAAAGAAGUCAACAAUUAUAGGUCAUCAUACAGCCUUCAACAAUCAGCAAAACCUAUACUUCUUAAUAAGAUUUAAAAGGCCCUAAAAUGAUGAAUGUAAAAUCAAAGGAGAAAACUAACGUCCUGAUAUAUGUACAAAACAAUGAAGGAAACAAACAAACAUGAUAUACAGCAUGAAAUAACAACCACUGAAUUAUAUGCUCCUGACUUUGGACAGGCACAUACAAAAAACUUGUUUGCUGGCCACAAACACCUACUCUUACCUAAGACAGUGGUGUAACAGAAUAUAAGACUAAACUAUAGCAAGUUGAAGAAUUUUGAGAGUAUCGCAUUACAAUACAAAGGCCCUAAUGGUUAAACAUUAAUUGUACUGAAACAAAAUGCUAACUUAUUCUAUAGCUUG